UCUAGACAAGAACUCCUGGAUCGAGGGGCCCAUCCCAUCAUCGACUCAGACACACCGGCCAAGCCAGGAAAGCUCAAGCACCUCCUUUCCAAUCCCCUUCCGCUAGGAAAUCUCCUUUUGGCACGAUUCGUGCUACACCAGGAUUCUCGGCAACAGCGCACAGAGGGCCGUCAAAAUUUCUUUCCUUGAGGAUCUUGAGUGUGAGGAGGCCGAAAGAAUGGGCGCUGGAGCAAGUGCCGAGGACAAAAAGUCCAAGGAGCUGGAAAAGCAACUCCAAGAGGAUGCCGACAAGGACUCGAAAACGGUCAAGCUUCUGUUGCUUGGUGCUGGUGAGUCGGGAAAAAGCACCAUUGUCAAGCAAAUGAAGAUUCUGCAUCAGGGCGGUUACACAAAAGAGGAACAGUUGGAGUUCAGAGCCAUCAUCUACGGCAACAUCCUGCAGUCUGCCCUGGCGAUCAUCAGAGGAAUGGAGAUGCUGGGAAUCGAUUUUGGUUCCGGCUCUGCGCAGGAGAACGCACAGAAGCUGCAGAACUUGUCCGACUCCAUCGAGGAAGGCACGAUGCCUCCCGAGCUGGCCGACGUCAUCCAGAAGCUGUGGAAGGACUCCGGCGUGCAAGCCGGCUUCGAAAGAGCCGCCGAGUACCAACUCAACGACUCGGCCGGCUAUUACCUCAACGAAAUGGACAGAAUCUGCAAACCCGACUACCUCCCCACCGAGCAGGACGUGCUGCGAUCUCGAGUCAAGACGACCGGUAUCAUUGAAGAACAGUUCUCCUGCAAGGAGCUUCACUUCCGGAUGUUCGAUGUGGGAGGCCAGAGGUCCGAGAGAAAGAAGUGGAUCCACUGUUUCGAAGGCGUGACCUGCAUCAUUUUUUGCGGCGCCCUCAGCGCGUACGACAUGGUGCUGGUAGAAGACGACGAAGUGAACCGAAUGCACGAGUCCCUCCAUCUAUUCAACAGUAUCUGCAACCACAGGUUCUUUGCGCUGACCUCCAUCGUUCUGUUCCUCAACAAGAAGGAUCUUUUUGAGGAGAAGAUCAAGAAGGUCCACCUGAGCAUCUGCUUCCCGGACUACGAUGGGCCCAAUACGUACGACGACGCCAGCAACUACAUCAAGGCGCAGUUUGAGGAGCUGAACAUGAAGAAGGGCGUGAAAGAAAUCUACUCCCACUUGACGUGUGCCACGGACACAAAGAACGUUGAGAUUGUGUUCAACGCCGUCACAGACAUCAUUAUCAAGGAGAACCUUAAGGACUGCGGUCUCUUCUAAGCAGCCCGGCAGUGGGAGAACUUGACCCGGCCCCUCACCCAUCGGCGUUAACCGAGACGUGUACCAGUGGAGCAACAAGGAUCUUCUCUAUUCGUUGUGUUCACGCCAAGUGACUCUUUCCAAGCUCACAUUCUUCCAGCUGGGUCGAGAUUCACCACUUGAUGGACGGACAGGUUUUUACUGGUUCUUCAGUCGCAAAAAAAAAAAAUAACAAA